GUGACUCAACUGCGCAGAGAGCGGAAAAACACAAACAUGACUUCUUGGGUUCAUCAGGCUCCAGCAUUGUUUAUUUCCUGUUGCUGCGGUAUUUAGUAAAGCAAGCUAAGUUUAAUCGAGGUCACCCCAGAAGCGCGGAGAUUUGCUGUCGUGUUUAUGCUUCUCUUAGUUUUCGGUGCUUAACUUUGUGCUGUCACAGUGAUGUCCGAUGGCAGUGAAUCCCGGAGAUGCUGAUGCUGAUGAGCUGCCGUCUGUGCUGUGGGGUCUGGACCCCGUCUUCUCCGCAUACUCGAGACUCUACAUCACUGACAUCCUACAGAUGAAAGAGUCCAGACAAGUACCUGGAGUUUAUUUCUACAAGACUCAUCCAAUCUUCAAGGUGGAUGUACUGGGGACAGUUGUUUACAAGAGGGAGAGAGAAGAUUUCUACUGCUAUGGAGUGGAUGAUAGUACUGGUGUCAUAAACUGUCUUUGUUGGAAAGAUGAGAAAUACAGUGAUCAAGGAGAAUCAACUAAAUCCAGAGAUCCUAGUGGAUCCUCCAGAGGAUUUAACAUUGAAGAUGAACUCAAACGGCUGAAAGAGACUGAACAGAAGAGCACUGUGCUGGAGAUCGGAGACCUGCUGAGGGUACGAGGAACCGUCAAAACCUCCAGGGAUGCGAGGGAGAUCAGCGCCACUUCCUUCUAUAAAGUAGAUGACCCUGUGAUGGCAGAGCAGAUAUCGCGUAUGCUGGAAAUGCCUCAGGUGUACAGAAAGUGCUAUGAUCAGCCCUUCCAGAUGCCAGGAGAUGACCUGGGCGGCACAGCAGCAGGUGGUUCCUCGCGUUUCCACUAUUUGCUAUCUCGGGCCGUUCUCACCCUUAAGGAGUUCUUCUUAGAGAAAGAGGUUGCCAGGUUUCGUCCAUACGAUGUUGAGUUCCUCUUGCAUCCGCUGAUCCAGAGUUCUUCAGCAGAACAGGAGUCAGAUCAGCCCGGGACGUCAUUUGCCACACAAAUUCGAAACCUUCUGAAAGAGACUCUGAGUGUUCUCCAGGAUGAGGGACAAAUAUUCCGGAAAAUACGGACCCAGGAUGAAGUCUACAAUGUGACAGAGCAAGACAAAGAUCUUCACACAGCGAUCAAGGAUGUUUUACGAGAGGAUACCAAACGGGAAAAAUAUGCUGAGAAAGGAUGCCAUGUCCUGCAUAUUUUGUCCAGCGUGAGGCAGCGCUACAGCCAAAAUCUGAGUCGAGAGGUGCUGGAGGUUGCCCUGACGUUCUUAGAAUGCAAUAGUGACAUAAUAAGCACAACAGAAGCACACUACACUGUUUUGUAGCGUCAUUUUUUAAAUUCCAUAAAAUAUAAUCAGUGUUAAAAAACAAUCAUGAAGACGUGUUAUUUAAAUAAUUAAAGUCAGUUUUAUACAUAAUUGAUUGUUUUUAUUUAUUUAUUUAUUUUUUAAUCGUUUCCCCCCCCAAUGGUUCAGAAUAAGAAGAGCAUACAGACAUAUUCAAGCAUUAUUCCUAAUGUCAGAUUAUCUCUUUAAUAGCUUAAACAAACUUUUAUUAAUUGAGUAUUUCUACUGUUUAACCCAAAUGUUAUAGCCCUGUUAAAAAGAUGGGCUGACGCUGUUGCUAGGUAUGACACAGCCUUUUGAAGACUGAUUGGUUGGUUGUCAAUGAAGGAAAUAAAAGAGCGCUUUUAAGUGUAGGGUCUAUUAUAAGCCUUCACUUUGAAAUUAUAGGCGUAAUUUUUCCUGUUUUACUAUACACACAGACACAUUGUAUACAUAUACAUUGUAAAUGUAUAUAUAUUCUUUAUUUUUUUAUUUAUUUACCAUGCUGUUAGUGUCGUAGGCUACUUACCGUAUUUGAUAAUAAAUGAACAGCGACACAAUAAGGUAAUUGUUUGUGUGAUCAC